AUGGAUCCAGUUCAUCCCAUCCAGCUCCUAGAUGCAAUCGAACAAAUUCUCUCUUAUGCAAAGUUCUUGAAGGACUUAUGCACUAAGAAAAGAACCACCAAUGUCCCCAAGAAAGUCUUCUUAGCUGCCAACCUCAGUGAAAUUUUUUCGAAACCAAUGCCGUUAAAAUAUAAGGACCCUGGUUGUCUCACAAUUCCAUGCAUCAUAGGUAACACUCACAUUGAUAAAGCACUUCUAGACUUGGGAGCCAGCGUCAACCUCCUUCCUUAUUCAGUCUAUCAACAGCUAGGUGUAGGAGAACUUAAACCGACAAGAUGCACUCUACAGUUAGCUGAUAGAUCUGUAAAAAUUCCCAAAGGAGAGGUAGAGGAUGUUCUGAUCAAAGUUGGAGAGUUCAUUUUCCCUGUUGAUUUUAUUGUCUUGGAAACGCAGCCCAUUUCCAAUCUCAAAAGUCAAAUCCCCGUCAUUCUAGGAAGACCGUUCUUAGCAACAUCAAAUGCUUUGAUAGAUUGUAGAACCGGUCAGAUGAAACUAUCUUUUGGGAAUAUGACUAUUGACCUCAAUAUCUUCAACCUAGGAAGGCAGCCUAGUGAUCCAUUUGAUAAACCCAUGGAAGUGAAUUUUAUUCAAGGAAUAUCCAGUGAACAACAAGAGGGAGAGUGUGAGUCUGAUUCAAAUGCAUCUGAUUUAAUGAUUGAGGAGCUUUCUGAUGACGAACUAGAGAUAGAACCGCUGGUCAAUCAUGUUUUUGCUGUUGGCUGGCAACGAGAACCUUUAGAGAUAGAACCCCGAGUCCAGCUUCGCCCAUCUGUGGAGGAACCCCCUAAGUUAGAGCUCAAACCUCUACCCGAAAAUCUAGAGUAUGCCUACUUAGGGGAGAACGAGUCUUUACCAGUUAUCAUUUCUUCUGAUUUGACUACCGUCAUGAACCAGAUCCCUUCUCAUUGGUCCAAACAGGAUAGAUCCCGUUUUCUCUUCCAAGUAAAAUACUUUUACUGGGAUGAUCCAUAUCUGUUCAAAUACUAUCCUGAUCAGAUCUUUAGGAGGUAUGUUCCUACGGAAGAAACUAGGAAUGAUAUAAACAGGAGCAUGAAUGAUUCGAUUUUGGAUCCGGGUUGUUCCUAUCAUAUGUGUUCUAAUCGGAACUGGUUCACCACUUAUGAAGCUAUUGAUGGUGGAGUUGCUCUUAUGGGGAACAACGCCUCAUGCAAGAUUGUUGGGAAAGGCACAAUACAGAUUAAGAUGGAUGAUGGAGUCAUCAGGACUUUGACAGAUGGUUCUACUGUUAACGGCUCGACUGUAGUUGCAUCGUCGAUGUUAGGAGUUGAUACUACCAUAUUAUGGCAUAUGAUACUUGGUCAUAUGAGUGAGUGCGGAUUGACCGAGUUGGGUAAGAAGGGUCUUUUAUGUGGACAGAGUACAGAAAAAUUAGGAUUUUGCAAGUAUUGCAUCUUUGGGAAGCAGAAAAGAGUUAGCUUCAGUACGGCAGUACAUCAGACUACAGGAAACAUUGGAGCUAAGCACGGAUUCAGAGCCAAAAAGGAGUCAAGGAAUGCAUGGAAAGAGGCUACACGGUCCCCCAGGGUCCAACAACACCUGAGUGUUGAAGUGCAGAAGAGCACCCUUGUAUGCCCCGAUCCCUACGACUUGGAGAACCAAUCGAGUCUGAUCCCGAGAUUGAAAGGACCUUCCAUGGUAUUAGGAAGUGGGUACGAGAAACAGAGGGCAGUUUGA